AUGGCGUGGUCACCGUCGCCAGAGUCCCUGAGGCAGCUCGCGCAAUGCCUCAAGGACUCGCUCAGUGGCUCCGACAAGAAUGCCCAGAAGCAAGCCGAGAUUAUGUUGAACCAAGCCAAGGAGUCGCCCGAUAUCAACAACUACCUUGUGUAUCUCUUCUCGAGUGCUGAUGCUCCCGAGGGGCUGCAGACAGCUCCAGCCGACUACCACCUCGUGCGGAGCGCCGCCGCAAUCAUGUUGAAGAACAACAUCAGGACCGCAUUCAAGCAGAUCCCCGAGUCCAGCCUAUCUCUGAUCAAGUUGUCGGUACCCAUGACGCUGCAGGACAAGAACUCGCAGAUCCGCAACUACGCUGGCAAUAUCGCUACGGAGCUCAUUCGCCGCGGUGGACUCAUGAGCUGGCCUGAAUUGCUGCCAGAGCUUCUCAAGAUGAUUGGAAACGAAACAGGUCAGGUGCCGAAUGAGGGCCAAGAGGGUGCGAUGGCGGCUUUGUCGAAGAUCUGUGAGGACAACACAAAACUUCUCGAGCGUGAGCUCAAUGGCCAGCGCCCGCUCAACUUCAUCCUGCCCAAGCUCAUCGAGGCCACCAAGAACCCGUUGCCCAAGGUCCGGGCUGGUGCUCUCUCGGCAAUCAACGUUUUCACACCACGCCAAUCUCAGGCGAUGUACAACUCUAUCGACGACCUGCUACAGGCUCUCUUUGCUCUUGCUGCAGACUCCCAUCCUGAUGUCCGCCGCCAGGUCUGCCGGGCCUUUGUCCAGCUUGUCGAGACUCGCCCUGAUAAGCUCCAACCUCAUCUAUCUGGCCUUGUCGAUUACAUCAUUUCACAGCAGAAGGAUGACGAUGAAGAGUUGGCGUGCGACGCUGCCGAAUUCUGGCUGGCCGUAGGCGAGCACGAGAACCUUUGGCAAUCUUUGACGCCUUACAUCGAGAAGAUCAUCCCUGUUCUUCUUGACUGUAUGGUUUACAGCCCAGAGGAUAUUGCCCUGCUUGGUGGUGCGUCAGAUGAUGAGGAGGAAGAAGAUCGACAAGAAGACAUCAAGCCCCAAUUUGCGAAGAAGUCGUCGGCGCGUAAUGCGGAGAACUCGUCCGACGCUGCUGAGAACGGCAAUGCGUACCAGAAGCUGGCAGAUAUGGACGAUGAUCUCGAGGACGGCGAGGUGGAUGAAGACGACGAUGACGACGCGAGCCCGGACGAGAAGUGGACCUUGCGAAAGUGCUCCGCAGCUGCCCUAGACGUGUUUGCCCGCGACUAUCGGAGCCCGGUCUUCCAAUGCAUCCUGCCUUACCUAACAAAAAACCUCAAGCAUGAAGAGUGGCCGUACAGAGAGGCUGCUGUUCUGGCGCUGGGCGCCGUUGCUGAAGGCUGCAUGGACGUCGUCACACCUCAUCUUCCUGAACUCAUCCCCUAUCUGAUCUCGCUGCUCAAUGAUCCCGAGCCGGUCGUUCGUCAAAUAAACUGCUGGACCCUGGCUCGAUACUCGUCUUGGGCUGCCAGCUUGGCCGACCCAGCGCAAAAGCAACAAUACUUUGAGCCUAUGAUGGAGGGUAUCCUGCACAAGAUGCUCGACAAGAACAAGAAGGUGCAAGAGGCAGGAGCUUCGGCAUUUGCAAACCUGGAAGAGAAGGCAGGCAAGAAGAUGGAACCCUACAGCGGGCCUAUCAUCCAGCAGUUCGUCAAGUGUUUCGCAAAGUACAAGGACCGCAACAUGUACAUUUUGUACGACUGUGUGCAGACCCUCGCCGAGGCCAUCGGCCCAGUCCUCGCCCAGCCCGAGCUAGUCAACGCUCUGAUGCCAGCUCUUAUUGAACGCUGGAGGAAGCUCGAUGACCAGAGUCGCGAGCUCUUCCCACUCCUGGAGUGCCUGUCGUACGUCGCCAUGGCACUCGGAGACGCAUUCACUCCCUUCGCCGAGCCGGUCUUCCAGCGCUGUGUUCAGAUCAUCCACCAUAAUCUCGAGGCCACCCUUGCGCUAGCCACCAAUCCGUCUUUGGACGUGCCCAACAAGGACUUCCUUAUCACAAGCCUGGACCUUCUUAGUGCAAUCAUCCAGGCUCUAGAGUCCGAAAAGGCCUCGAAACUUGUUGAGCAGUCUCAGCCAGCUUUCUUCGAGCUUCUGAUUCUUUGUAUGGAGGAUCCCAGCGACGAAGUCCGGCAGUCUGCCUAUGCUCUCCUUGGUGACUGCGCCAAGUAUGUGUUUGGACAGCUCCAGCCCCUCAUUGGCAAGGUAGUUCCGGUUCUCUUGAGGCAGCUCGAUCUCGAAAGCAUUCUCGACGAGGAUAUCGAGAGCGGUUUCAGCGUCGUGAACAAUGCUUGUUGGUCUGCUGGCGAGAUUGCGAUCCAGCCAAGCGCUGAUUUGACCCCUUUUGUGGCAGACCUGUUUGAGGGCUUCUACAAGAUCAUUACGAACCCUGGAAUCCCCAAGGGCGUCACAGAGAAUGCCGCCAUUGCCCUUGGCCGGCUAGGAUACAGUUGCAGCGCACAGCUUGCACCACAUCUCGGUCAGUUCGCUGAAGAAUUCUUGGCGUCGAUGGAUGAUGUCGACCCAUCAGAUGAGAAAGUCACUGCCCUCCGCGGAUUUGUCCAGAUUGUGGAGCACAACCCGCAAGCAAUGGAGAAGUCACUGCUCCACUACUUUACGACAGUGGCGAGAUAUCGAGAUCUCAAAUUGCGAAACAAUGCGAAGAGCGCCCUGCACGACGAAUUUCUGAAGACGAUCAACAUUUACCGCCAAAUGAUCCCCCAGUUCGAUCAAUUUCUCUCGCAACUCCAACCACAAGACCAACAGGCUUUGCGCACCACGUAUGGCCUAUGA